GAUGUUUAUUUUCGUUCACAAAAAGUUUACCUAAAUCUUAGCUUAAAUGGCCUAUGCGCUUUAUCGUAUGCCUUUAAAAUUACUAGUUCGACGGUUCGAUUAAUUAAAUGCCGUAGCGAUGUCCUCCGGAGAAGCGGGGGUCCCACAGGACCCUGCCCAUAUUGCGGAUGUCGACGUCGACGAAUCCACUAAAGGAGAUGGAUUUGAACCCGAUUUGGUGACUGAUUCUGGACUGGAGAUAAACUCCUCAGGAUUGGCAGAGGAUGUGACUUUGUCUGAGUUAGUUAGUUCAGCUACGGAGCUAAACAAUGACGGUGAUGUGGGCGAGACAAAAGUGGCGGUCGAUGUCACUGACACUGGAGUUUCCUCUCCUAUUUCGUCCUCAGGUCCUAGUUCUCCUGGUGGCAACACGUCUGACAAUGUCUCCAACUUCGAAGAGCACACAGUCAGCCAGCAAGAUGACAAUUUAAAGUCUAAAGAGUGCACAUCUCACAAAUUAUCAGUAACGCAAAAUGAGGCUACUAUACAUACUCAAAUUACCAUGGAUAACACAAACAGUGCUUCUAAUGAUUCUUUAGACAGUCAAAGUCUUGACACCAAUAAGAACUUAGCCACAUCUACUGUAAGUUUAAAUGACACUAUAGAAUCCAAUGUCACAAUAAACAAGUCACCGUACAGUCGCAGCGCAGAAAACAUAUCCAUGGACAUCAAAAUGGACCAAAGUGUCGAUAAAGAUGCCGUAUUGUCCCAGUUUAAAAGUCAGAAGAAUAAAGUUAGUGCUACACAGGCUAUUCCAGACACAAACACUAAUACAAAUCUAGACGUACGAUACACACGAUUACCUAAAGAACUAUUAUCGCAAGACCUUGGAAGUAUUGUUAAAAAUGUCCAUGGUAUCUUCUCAUCUGUAAGCGGCAGUCUGAAGAACGCAUACACACAUAGAGCAGGACCAUAUAUGAAAACAGUGAAACCGAUGCCGAAUGGGAAAGUAAUGAAUGAUAUAUUUGAGGACGAACAACAUGAAGAGAAAAUUACGAAUGGGAUUGAGGCCAAAGAGAUUUCGAAUGAGACUGAGACGUUGAAUAUGAAUUUAGAGGAUGAUGUGAAGGGAGACGUGUUAAGGCUACAGCUGGAAUCUUUGGAGCGUGUAUUAGCGGAGUUAAGGAAGGAGAACACAGGGCUGCGGGAGACGGUGAAACAGCAGGCGGACAAGUUGAUGGAGAGAGACCAGACUUUUAGAGAGUUGGAGACUAAAAUGGAUUUGAUGUCAAAACGCGUAGAGCAAGCAGAACGCGAGAAGGACGCAGCGGUCAUGCGGUACGCGAGCGUCGAGAGAACCGCCAUCGAGGCCCGAAAGAUGGCGGAGCAGGGCGCGGUGAAGGAACGAGUGGCCACUGCGGAGGCUGAACUGGCUGCGGGGAAGUUGAGAGCUGCGAGGGAGGAUAAACUGCGAGUGUGCCAACUAUAUGAUGACAAGUGCCACGAGCUGGCGAACAGUGAACGCGAGCUGGCGAAGGUUCGAGAAGAGCUGAAGGAGCUGGAGGGGAGGCUCAAGUGGACGCAGAGCAAGCUGCGCAUGGAGAUGGACGCCUACAAGGACAGCGCAGAACGCGUGGAGAAGUUGACGGCGCAAGUGGCGGAGCUGGAGGCGGCCGCGGCCGGCGCCUGCGACUCGCACGCCGCCAAACAGAUGGAGACCGAGUUGAAAGAGAGCAUGGCUGCUCUGAUCCUGUGUCGCCACGAACGCGAGUCUUUAGAACGACGGCUCGCGCAGACCACUCAGCUACUUGAAACGACCACGAAGGAGCGAGACACGGCCGCGGCCAGUAACGCCAGUAACUUGGCUGAGAUCGAGCAACUAAAACUCCACAACGCGCGUCUAGAAGAGGAAGCCGCCGAGUUAGCCGCGCUGCGCGCGCAGGCGGCUCUUGCUGACACGCUCAGCGCACAACUACACAGGGAGUCGGAGCGCGCCUCGGCCGCGGAAGAAGCCCUGGAGCGCUCGCGCGCGCGCGCCGCCACCUGCGCGCGCCGCGAGGCCGCCGCGCUCGAGCACGCGGCGCGACUCACGGCGCAGCAAGUCGCCGUGCAGCAGCAACGCCAGCACACCGACGACCAGGCGGCAGCACUGAGUGCAGACAACUCAGCGCUUCGUGAAAGAAUCUCCGAGCUAGAAGCAGAGGUGGGGAACCUGCAGACCUCUCUCGCGGAAGAGGCCGAGAGGAGACACAAGGAGAGCAGAGUGCUCGCGAGGAAGGUGGCAGAGUUACAACAGGAAGCGGCGGAGGCGGCCAAACAGCUGGAGUGGGAGAAGGGGGAGAACGGCGUGCUCAAGAAGAAACACGCCAGCCAAGUCAAGGAGUUGAACCGCGAGCUGGCGCGCGCGUUGAAGCGCGUGGAAGCGCUCGAAGCCAAGCAGCCGCCGACGCAGCCCUCCACGCGAACCGGCUCGGUGACGUCGCUGAGCAGCGGCGAGAGCGCGGCGGCCGAGGAGCCGCGCCUCAACGGACACGACCUGCCCGACGUGCAGGAGUCUCCGCCGUACACGGUGCGAGAGCCUGACCGGCAAGCGUUGGUGGAGAGGAUCGUGUCCUUACAGCGAGCGGCGGCGAGGCGCGCGGAGCGUUGUGAGUUCCUUGAGGAACACGCGAGGCAACUCACGGACGAGCUGCGAGGCAAGUCCCGUCUGCUUCGGCACCUGCUGCCCAACCUGCCGGCGCAGGCGCUCGCCUCCACGGCCAGCGACUCCAACAAGCCGCCUCGGAGGUUAACCAAGAAAGAAAUAGCGAAAUUCGGCGGCGGCGCCAUGGCGGCGCUGUGGGGCGGAGACCCGGGCGGGCUGUCUCUAGAACUGUCUCUAGAGAUGAACAAGCGGUUACAGAGUGUUCUAGAAGAUACGCUGCUUAAAAACAUCACACUCAAGGAAAACAUGGACACUCUAGGGGAAGAGAUCGCACGGUUAAAAGCGCAGAAGAACGUUACUAACACGAAAUAACUGAAAUAAUCUCCUAACUUAUUUGAAAUUAUGUUAAAAGUUGCCUAAAGCGGGUGGUUGUAAAAUAAAAAUAUUAGAAACAUUGCGUGCGUUAUGCCUUAUCUAUGGAAACCAACCACAGAUAAAGCAUAAAAAUAGUACAUUACAUCAGAGGCCGGGAAAAUGAGGAUUUCCGGCCAAGUGGGUAUAUACGGUCGAGCGAGCGUGCGAGCGAGGCCGGAUAGGGAUACGCGGCCGGGA